AUGACUUUCAACACUAUUGAGGACGCGCUCGAGGCGUACAAGAAGGGUGAAUUUCUUGUUGUGAUGGACGACGAGGACCGUGAGAACGAAGGAGACCUAAUCAUCGCUGCAGAGAAGGUGACUCAGGAAAAAAUGGCCUUUCUGGUCAGGCACUCGUCGGGCUUUGUGUGCGUGCCCCUGAGCGCGGAGCGUGCCGACGCCCUUGAUCUUCAGCCUAUGGUGCCGCACAACACGGACCGUCAUGGCACGGCCUACACUAUUACUGUGGAUUACGGCGAGGGCACGACGACGGGGAUCAGUGCCCACGACAGGGCGUUGACUGUGCGGCAGUUGGCGAACCCGGACUCGAAACCGGCGGAUUUUCUGCGUCCUGGGCACAUCUGCCCGCUGCGUGCCCGGCCGGGUCUGCUCAGAGAACGAGUCGGCCACACCGAGGCUGCUGUGCAACUGUGUGUUCUGAGCGGUAUGCAGCCGGCUGGCGCCAUCUGCGAGCUCGUCAAUGCGGACGACGGCCUGAUGAUGCGGUUGCCCGAGUGCACGAAAUUUGCCCAGGAGCAUGGACUGAAAAUUAUCUGUAUCAAGCAUCUUUUGGAGUACAUGGAUGAGAAAAAAAUCUAUUAA